GGUUUCUGCUGUCAACAGUGAGCUAGCUACUCAGUCAAGUCAGCAGCACCGCUGCGGAGCUACGACGAUGUCAGAGCAGGAGUCCCUGAGGUGCUCCAGUGGCAGAAACCGCGGCGGCGUUCAGAGGGUCGAAGGCAAACUGCGAGCCAGCGUAGAAAAGGGUGAUUACUAUGAAGCACACCAGAUGUAUAGGACGUUAUUUUUUAGGUACAUGUCACAGGCAAAACACAGUGAAGCCAGGGAGCUGAUGUACAAUGGCGCCCUACUCUUCUUCAGCUAUAACCAGCAAAACAGUGCAGCAGAUCUGUCCAUGCUGGUGCUUGAGGUGCUGGAGAAGUCAGAGAGUAAAGUGGAAGAGGAUAUUUUAGAAAGCCUGGCCAAGCUGUUCAGCCACAUGGAUCAAAACUCUCCGGAAAGAGUAGCCUUCGUGUCCAGAGCCUUAAAAUGGUCCACGGGAGGUUCUAGCAAAUUGGGGAACCCGAAGCUACACCAGCUAUUGGCUGUCACCCUGUGGAAAGAGCAAAACUAUAGCGAAUCUCGUUACCACUUCCUGCAUUCCUCUGACGGGGAGGGCUGUGCGCAGAUGCUGGUGGAGUAUUCGUCCUCCCGAGGUUUCCGAAGCGAGGUCGACAUGUUUGUGGCCCAGGCAGUCCUACAGUUCCUCUGCCUAAAGAACAAAAACAGCGCUUCCGUAGUGUUCAGCACGUACACAGAGAAACAUCCGUCCAUAGAGAGGGGUCCUCCAUUUGUGCAGCCCCUUCUUAACUUUAUUUGGUUUUUGCUGCUGGCAGUGGAUGGGGGUAAAUUAACAGUUUUCACGGUGUUAUGUGAGCAAUAUCAACCUUCCCUCAAAAGGGAUCCCAUGUAUAAUGAGUACCUCGACAGAAUAGGGCAACUUUUCUUCGGCGUUCCCCCCAAACAAUCUCCGUCGUACGGUGGCCUACUUGGAAACUUGUUGAACAGCCUGAUGGGAGCGGGCGAGGACGACGACGGCGUCGAGGAGGCCCAGGAGGUCAGCAACCCCAUCGAGCUGGAUUGAGCCAACGGCUGAGGGAGCGAAGAGCAAAAGAGGACACACCCUCGGAAAUACACACACACACACACACACAUACACACAAGAAUGGGGAAGACCACGCCACCUCCACCAUUAGUGGGUGAGGCGAGGCAGCAAUUCUUACACUUGCUCCAAGGAAUGGGUACCUUUCACAAUUGAACUGGUUCGGUACCAGCAAUCGAUAGUGGCACUCAACGUUCGCAAUUUUGAUGGUGAUAAGUGUUAAUUUAUUUCAGAAUAAAAUCUCAAAUGUUCCACUUGUCACUGAAUAAACUUUGACAAAUAAGAAAACAACAUCAUAACUUUUAAAACAAAUGAGCCAUUUUCGGUACCCAUCCCUACUUCCUACCGUUCAAUAAUUUCAGCCAUCCAGUCCUAAAAUGUACUGGACUGCCUGCAGCUGCAGUAAAAUAUUUUAUUUAAUCAUUACUUUGGGCUGUGUUCUGAGUUUUGGUUUCGAGGCAUUCUUCGACAGCAUUGUUGACAUGACGUUCCCUCCCUCCAGUGUUGCUUUCUUACAUUGUCACCAUGAGGUGUCAAUCUAUUCCCGUUGUCAGCAUUUUUUUCCCCACCCUUAAUUCAGAUGUCUGAGUAGUUAUUGUAGUCAAGAGCACUUCUCAUUUUCUCAUCUGACCUUUUGUCCAUCAGCCAAAUCUAGAAUUGCUGGAAAAUAUUGUGUGAGGUGGUAGGAAAAAGCAUUGUUACCCCCACCUCCCUCCCCUGCAGUGGUCAGUUUUGCAUUGGAGGCAAAAUAAAAAUGAACAACUAAAAUGAACACAGUUUCCUAAGAGACUUCUGAGAGUUGUUGGUUGUCACACAGCUACCGUCUUAUCAUAAAGACAAUUGUGUUCAACAUUUUCCUGAGUUUGAAACAUGUCAAAGCGUGUGUUUUUUUUUUUUUUUUUGCAAACCUUACAUAAGAGUCACUGCUGUUUGAUUUUUUUUUCUCCUUUGAAAACACAAGAGGAGCAUUUGCCUUUUCCACCAUACACUAACUGAUUCAAUAAACUAACAUUGAGAGGA